AGUGGAGAGAGGAGACUUUUUCUUCCACAGGAAUGCGACGGUAGACUUAUCUUUUGGCGGAACAGCGACGUGGAACGCGAUCCGUGGAACGCGAUUCUUUUAUUCAGACAAAUAUUUGCACCCUCCUUUCCUAUGGCGUCACACAACUAACCUGCUGGGCAUCCCACAGCCGCCAUAUUUUAUCAGCCUCAUUUCAUCAACAUUUGCAGCUUACUUUGCUGCACUUUGCUGCUAUGGUGCUGUUGGUGCAACUCUCCCUUCUUCAUUUUCAUUUGCUGCUACUUUGGUAGCUUGAACACCACAACUCCUAUGGUUAGUUUCUAAUUAAGGUUGUUAACUUUCAAUUUUUUCUAUUUAAAUAUAUCAAUUUUAAACUUUUUUUAUUUAAAGAUUAAUUGGAUAAUGAUAUUAAUGUGACAAAUGAAUUUAUUAAUCGAAAUGUUGAAAGUUAGCAUUUCUUAAAUAAGAAAAACUGAAAGUUAAUAUUCUUAAAUAAAAAAUAUUGAAAUUUGGUAUCCUUAUUUAGAAAUUAAUAAAGUUAACAUCUUUAAAUAAAAAAUAUUGUAAAAUUAAUAUUCUUUUUGGCACCUUUACUCCUUAUCAUAGGGUUUUGCCAGGAAAAUUUACGUAUGGGUUCUGUAUUUGUUAUCGGUACGUUGGAAGGAUAAUUUUGAAAAAUCAAAUUACUAAUGUUGUGUAGAAUUCUUAAAAUGUUUGCUAACUAGAAACAAAUUUGAUGAGCGCUAUGUGCUCUGUUUGGGCAUACAAAAUUUUUUUUAAUCACUACUUACACCUCCAUUGAUCAUUAUAUAUUUUUAUUUAUUCUAGUUUUCUCUCUUUAUAUAUAUGCAUAUAUAUAUAUAUAUAUUAAACAUGUUUUAAGUUAAAAUUUAAAGGCACAACUUUUUACUAUUAUUCCAUUGAUACUUUUUUAGUUGCGUAACAUUACUUCAACUCUCAUUAAUUUUUAUUGUUUUUUGGUUUCCCGUCCGGUAUCCGGGUUUCGCCCCGACUAAUCCGGAUCGACCCGCGUCGCGCACCUGGAAAUGAUGGGUGAGUCUCCCAACGGAGGCUGCUGCAUUCAUAAGGUCUCGAACUUGAGACAUUAUUUAAGCUGGAACAAGCCGAUAUUGGGUUAAUUGGGGGAGGAGGGAAAGGAAUUUCGUGGGACUCAAACUAACAACCCACUAGAGUGCCUUGUGGAGAAGGAUCUCUCUCUUCCCCCCAAAAAAACCAAAGAUGCAGCUAUGCUCUUCAUGAAGGGCUUCCUGGGCAGCGUGGUUGCACAGAUCCCUCCUUUCCGGGCGGCCAAUACGAUGGUUUUUGACCGGUAUGACGAAAAACAGAGCUGGUACGGUUUUACACUAUUACCGCAUUUGUCUAGUAAUGAAGGGGGGCAAAAUCAGUUUGGCCUGGUGAAGGAGAGGAAGAUGGGUGGCGGAGCUGCCGAGAUCUGAGCAAAAUCAGGGACGAUCUGUUAUGCUUUGUUGCUUCUGUUUGGUCCGGUGAAGGAGAGGAAGAUCCGGUGAAGGAGAGGAAGAUGAGUGGCGGAGCUGUCGAGAUAUGAGCAAAAUCAGGGACGAUCUGUUAUGCUUUGUUGCUUCUGUUUGGUUCGGUGAAGGAGAGGAAGAUGAGUAGCGAGGAUGUGAGCUUUAUCAGGAGCUGUCAACGGAAGUGGAGCAAUGGUGAGCUGUCGACGAAGGUGCAGGGAAAUCGGGUUGCUUUGUUGCUUCUGUUCAGCGGUGGAGAUGACUAGAUGAGGCGGUGACUGGUGGUGAGAUCUUGACGGAAGUGGUGCAGAGAUCAGGUUGCUUUGUCAGAGGUGAUGAGGCGGUGAUUGGUGUGGUGAGAUGCCGGUGGAGUCAUGGCACGGAGAUGGAGCAGGGAUGAAGGAGAGGGAUGGCCGGUGGAUGAUGUGUUUCUCCAACUUUCUAAUUCUAUUUUUUCCAUGUGUAUUUACAAAAUGUUACUUUUGAUUAGGGUCUUUAGAUUUCAUUUU